AUGACUCAAAACCCGAACUAUUACAACCUGCACAAUGUCAGCCAUCAGCAUCUGUCCGACCACCUUUCAGAACUUGUUGAGAACACUUUGAGUGAUCUCGUGAAUUCAAAGUGUAUCGCAAUUGAGGACGAAAUGGACGUGUCGGCGCUCAAUCUUGGAAUGAUCGCUGCCUAUUACAAUAUCUCAUAUGUGACGGUCGAGGUGUACACAUUGUCCCUCAAGGAGCGUACGAAGUUGAAAGGCCUUCUCGAGGUUGUAUCGUCAUCGGCCGAAUUUGAAACUAUCCCGAUCCGGAGACACGAAGAUGCUCUUCUUCGUCGUAUCUACGACCGCGUCCCAGUCAAACUAGAGCGGGCCGACUUCGAGGCCCCCCACUUCAAAACGUUCCUGCUCCUUCAAGCUCACUUCUCACGGUUGCAAUUGCCGCCUGAUCUGGCUGCUGACCAGGUUCUCGUCCUGGAGAAAGUACUCAAUCUUUUGUCGGCCAGCGUCGAUGUGAUGUCGUCUAGCGCUUGGCUAAGCGCUCUGGGUGCAAUGGAUCUAUCCCAGAUGUGUGUACAAGCCAUGUGGGAGACGGAUUCGCCUCUGAAACAGAUCCCUCACUUUGAGACUGAGGUAAUCAAGCGUUGUAAGGACGCCGGUGUCGACUCCGUCUAUGACAUCAUGGAGCUCGAGGACGAUCGUAGAAACGAGUUGCUCCAGAUGACGCCCGCCCAAAUGCGAGAUGUCGCAACCUUUGUCAACUCCUACCCCACUCUGGACAUCUCUCACGAGCUCGUCAAAGGAGAAUACACCGCAGGCGCGCCAAUCAUCCUCCAGGUAUCGCUGGCACGUGACGCAGACGAGGAAGAUGAUGGUGAUCAAAACGUUGUUGCACCAUUCUACCCCCUGAAGAAGUUGGCGAAUUGGUGGCUCGUUGUCGGAGAUCCUGCCUCCCGUCAGCUCCUUGUCAUUAAGCGAGUCACGGUGACGAAGAGCCUUGCCGUUAAACUUGAGUUUACGUUGCCGAAGGGCACUCACUCACUGAAGCUCUACGUCAUUUGUGACUCUUACGUUGGUGCUGACCACGACAUUGGUCUCGAACCCAUUGAGGUGCUCGAAGGAGAGGAUAGCGACAGCGAUGAGGAUAUGGAUAGCGAUGAGGACGAGUAG